CACCCGCGUCCCCGGCAGCCCCGUUCCUCUCGCUCACACCGCAUCCCGGAAAGAGAGAAGACGGAGCGCAGAGCACACACCAGAUUCGUUAACCUCAUUUGAAAGAGGAUAUUAUUUUCAUCAUGAAUGCUAAUAAAGAUGAGAGAGCCAAGACCCAAUGUCAAGAAUUUCACAUUUUACAUGGUUUAAUGAUGCUAAGCAUGACCAUGCUGUUUCUUCCUGUCACUGGAACAUCUAAGCAAAAUAUUCCACGGCUCAAGUUAUCAUACAAAGACUUGCUGCUUUCAAAUAGCUGUAUUCCGUUUUUGGGUUCACCAGAAGGACUGGAUUUCCAAACUCUUCUAUUAGAUGAGGAGAGGGGCAGGCUUCUUCUAGGAGCCAAGGACCACAUCUUUCUGCUCAGUCUGGUUGACAUAAACAAAAAUUUUAAAAAGAUUUAUUGGCCUGCUACUAAAGAGCGAGUGGAAUUAUGCAAAUUAGCUGGGAAAGAUGCCAAUACAGAAUGUGCAAAUUUCAUCCGGGUACUUCAACCAUAUAACAAGACUCACAUUUACGUGUGUGGAACUGGAGCAUUUCAUCCCAUGUGUGGAUAUAUCGAUGUUGGAGUCUACAAGGAGGAUCUCAUAUUCAAACUAGACACACAUAACUUGGAGUCUGGAAGACUGAAAUGUCCUUUUGAUCCACAGCAGCCUUUUGCUUCAGUAAUGGCAGAUGAGUACCUCUACUCUGGAACUGCCUCUGAUUUCCUUGGCAAAGACACUGCAUUCACUCGGUCCCUAGGGCCCACUCACGACCACCAUUACAUCAGAACGGAUAUCUCAGAGCACUACUGGCUCAAUGGAGCAAAAUUUAUUGGAACUUUCCCUAUACCAGAUACCUAUAAUCCAGAUGAUGACAAAAUAUAUUUCUUCUUUCGUGAAUCAUAUCAAGAAGGCAGUACUUCUGAUAAGACGAUCCUUUCUCGAGUUGGAAGAGUUUGUAAGAAUGAUGUAGGAGGACAACGCAGCCUGAUAAACAAAUGGACAACUUUCCUGAAGGCUAGAUUGGUAUGCUCAAUUCCUGGAAGAGAUGGGGCAGAUACUCAUUUUGAUGAGCUUCAAGACAUCUAUUUACUCCCCACGCGAGAUGAAAGAAAUCCUGUUGUAUAUGGAGUUUUUACCACUACCAGUUCUAUCUUCAAAGGAUCUGCCGUGUGUGUAUUUAACAUGGCUGAUAUCAGAGCUGUUUUUAAUGGUCCAUAUGCACAUAAAGAGAGUGUGGAGCAUCGCUGGGUGCAGUAUGACGGAAGGAUUCCAUAUCCUCGGCCUGGCACCUGUCCAAGCAAGACUUAUGACCCCCUGAUUAAGUCUACCCGAGACUUUCCAGAUGAUGUUAUCAGUUUCAUAAAGCGGCACCCAGUGAUGUAUAAGGCAGUCUACCCAGUAGCAGGAGCACCAACGUUCAAGCGCAUAAAUGUAGACUACAGACUAACGCAGAUAGUGGUGGAUCAUGUCAUCGCAGAAGACGGCCAGUACGAUGUAAUGUUUCUUGGAACUGAUAUUGGAACAGUCCUAAAAGUUGUUAGCAUUUCAAAGGAGAAGUGGAAUAUGGAAGAGGUGGUACUAGAAGAGUUGCAGGUAUUCAAGCACCCAACAACCAUCUUGAACAUGGAGUUAUCUCUAAAACAGCAACAAUUAUACAUUGGUUCCCGAGAUGGAUUGGCUCAGCUCUCCUUGCACAGAUGUGACACUUAUGGGAAAGCGUGUGCAGACUGCUGUCUGGCCAGAGAUCCCUACUGUGCCUGGGAUGGAAAUGCAUGCUCUCGGUACGCGCCCACCUCCAAACGGCGAGCUAGACGCCAAGAUGUAAAGUAUGGGGACCCAAUCACCCAGUGCUGGGAUAUAGAAGACAGCAUUAGUCAUGAAACUGCUGAUGAAAAGGUGAUUUUUGGCAUUGAAUUUAAUUCAACCUUUCUGGAAUGUAUACCCAAAUCCCAGCAAGCAUCAAUUAAGUGGUAUAUCCAGAGGUUGGGAGAUGAGCAUCGAGAGGAGUUGAAACCCGAUGAAAGGAUCAUCAAAACCGAAUAUGGGCUACUGAUUCGAAGUCUGCAGAAGAAGGACUCUGGGAUGUAUUACUGCAAAGCACAGGAGCACACUUUCAUCCACACCGUAGUGAAGCUGACUUUGAAUGUCAUAGAGAAUGAGCAGAUGGAAAAUACCCAGAGGGUAGAGCAUGAGGAGGGGCAGGUCAAAGAUCUAUUGGCUGAGUCACGGUUGAGAUACAAAGACUAUAUCCAAAUCCUUAGCAGCCCAAACUUCAGCCUGGACCAGUACUGUGAACAGAUGUGGCACAGAGAAAAGCGGAGACAGAGAAACAAGGGCGGCCCAAAGUGGAAGCACAUGCAGGAAAUGAAGAAGAAACGAAAUAGAAGACAUCACAGAGACCUGGAUGAGCAUCUCUGAGCUGCAUCUACAUAGUUUUCUAUUUAAUUUUUUUCAAAGAAUCAUUUACCU